UCAGAUCCUUCGACGAAUGAAAAAGAAUUGAUUCUAUCAGGAUUAAAGGAAGGUAUCCGUCUUGAUGGACGUGGCAUGAACGAUUUUAGACCAUUAAAGAUUAAUCUUGGACCAGAAUAUGGACGUUCAGAAGUUAAACUUGUCACUCGUCCAUAUCCUGACCGUCCAACAGAAGGAAUUCUGACUUUGAAUACAGAAUUGUCACCAAUGGCAUUCGCAGGUCUUGAAUCAGGAAGUGACUUGUGGGUGGUUGAUCCCUCUUUGAAAGAAGAGCAAAUUCGUAGAGGCGACAUGACAAUAGCAAUAAACAAUCAUAAAGAAAUUUGUGUUUUAUCAAAGGCUGGAGGAAUACCCUUAGAAAUGGGCACUAUCAUACAAUGUUCUAAGCUCGCGGCUA